AUGUAUAUUGGACCGAUUUUAAUAAUAAAUUUGAUGCCUAUCUGGUUAAUUUCAUCUAAAUGUACUUAUAUAUCGUUGGAAUCCUCAUUGGCCUUCGCUCCACCCAGACCAUUCCUUAGAAAAAUCAAGGUUCGGAACAGAAUAAGUAGAGAUGAACGAAAGAGACGGUCUGCUUUCUCAAAACAGCUCCACAAUGAACUUCGCAUGAAGUACUGGCAAAGAUUGAAACCAUGUGUUAACGAUGUUCUCGUGUUUGAGAACCCUGGCUCUGAAAUUUAUGAUAUUGACCCUAAAAGGGGAUUUAUUGUUCAGGAAGUCAUUCCCAGAAUGGUUGAGGUUACAGAGUCUCUUAAACCGCUAAGUCUUAAGAAAGAAACAUCCGAUGAAUUUGAUAGAAAUGCUGGAUUAAGGUUUUUGUCCAACAUUGCUGGAGUCACCACCGUGUUCGUUAACGAGUUUGAUAAGAGGCGUGAAUUCACUGCACUCCGGGAUAUGGGCCCUUCAGAGCUUUUACCUAGACUUGAAACUGAUAUCGCAUAUAUUUCAUCACUCUUGAAUGUCGACCCACCUCCAUUAUCUGAGUCUUGUCAAGAUUAUAUUCAUUUUCUCAUAUCCUUAGCUGAAUCUAGUCCUAUACGGUUUCUUUCUCAUUGCUAUGUUUUUUUCAAGGACUGGUCUGUCUCAAAGACUACUCUACUUACCAACUUUAGGGCUCACCUUCGCCUUGUAAACAAGAUGAAAUCUGCAUUCUUUGACCCUGACUGCCGUAAUUUAGAGUAUGUUCUGAAUAUGCUUGCUUGUGGUUGGUCUCGUUCUCAAAAGGACGAAUUCCUGAACGAGAUGCCUGUUGCCUACAAGUGCUUAUCGGACUCUCUUCUCGUUCCUUUUCUGUAA